AUGUUUUAUGCCACCACAUGUUUUUUUUUUUACUUCCUUGCAUCAUGCACUCGUUUUCCUCCCCUCAUGCACACGCACACGCAAGCACACAUACAAAUGCAAGCACGUACUUAUACAUAUAUAUAUUUGUUUACGUACCUACUUCCUUUUGAUGGUACUUUUCUUCUCGUAUUUUAUAUGAGGUUGCAACGUCUUACUUCUUGUUUGUUCCCCUCCUCUUCCAUUUCUUGCAUUCAUGAUGAGGGGAAUAAGAACUGA